AUGUCUCAGGAAAGAAUUCUUUUUUUGCAAUCCGAAUACGCAAGGCAAUAUGGUCAAGAUUCUAAAUUGAUUAACUUGAUAAAGAAUAUUAUCAAGGAUUAUCCUCAUGAAUCCUUCUUACAAAAUGCAGAUGACGCAGGCGCUCAAACCUUUCGUAUCAUCGUUGACGAACGCGCAACAAAUCAACGUGAAUCUUUAAUAUCCGAAGGAAUGAAAGAUUGGCAAGGUCCUGCGAUCUGGAUCUAUAAUGAUGCAAUGUUUAAUGAGCAUGAUUUCAAUGCUCUACUUAACAUUCAUGAAGGAGGAAAACGUUCUGAUCCUACAAAGAUUGGAAAAUUUGGAAUUGGGUUUAAUUCAUGUUUUCAUUUUACUGAUGUCCCUAGUUUUGUUAGUGGCAAAUAUAUUCAGUUUUUAGAUCCACAUGAAAAGUAUCUUGGUAAACAACGUGGUCUUCAAAUUAAUUUCCUCGAAAAUGAAAACUUUAGACAUUUAUUUAAAGAUCAAUUGGCUCCAUAUAUUGGGGUAGAAGGUUGCAGAUUUGACAAAAAAUUUAAAGGGACCCUGUUCAGAUUACCUCUUCGUAUUCGUCCAAGUGAAAUUUGUGAUGAAAUCUUUAAUACAACCAAAAUUUUAAAUUUUUUAGAAAAAUUAAAAUCUAGCGCAACUUCAGAAUUACUCUUUUUCCGUAAUAUAGAAUCUUUUGAAGUUAUGCAUAUAACUGCUAAUUCUUCUCCUAAUCAAGUCAUAUCAAAGUGGAAAGUUAAUUUGACCAAUAUUACUAGAAAUAUUCAAAUUAAAAGACGUUAUACAGAUGACAACCCUAUUUCAUUUCGCUUAAAUGUAGAAUUUCGUGAUGAUACUAAAAGUGUUUCUAAUUUAUGGCAAGUGUGUAUCGGUGGUCAAAAAUCUGUAGAGUCCGAAGAAUUAGUUAAAUUUGCAGAACGUCAUCGGAUGUUACCACGAGGUGGUGUGGCCGCUUUAUUACCAUUAAGUAACGAGUCUGAUAAAAAUAGAGAAGAUGGUCGGUUAUACUGUUACCUACCUUUACCUCAAAUAACUUACCUUCCUGUACAUCUUAACGGUAAUUGGGCAUUAUCAUCAGAUAGAUCUACUGUUCUCUUGAACAAUGAUUCAUUAGCAGAUAUGGACAAAUCUAAAUUGGCAUGGAAUCGUUACUUGUUAUUACAAAUUUUACCUCAUCUUUAUGUAAAACUUUUGGAAGAAAUUGUAGAUUUUGCAAAUAGCAAUAAUGGCAUAACUCAUAAACAAAUCGUAGAAUAUUUUUGGCCUUUACCAAAAAGCAAAGAAAAAAAUCCUAUUUAUAUUACAGAAUUUGGACAUGAAGUUCUUAAAAAACUUCCUACCGAUAAACCUUUAUUUUGGUCAGCUACUGGAAAAGGUUCUUAUGUUUCUUUACGAGAAGGAUUUUUUGAAAAUGAUAAAUUUAUUAUAGAAAUUCUUGCAGAAUAUAGUAAAGUGAAAAGUGUACAGUUACCACUCGAUAUGUUAAAUGAAUUGAAAUUAGCAGGUGUUGAAUUAGCUCCAGUUCCUGCAGGAAUGGUUAGACAAAACCUUAAAGGCAUAACUAAUCUUUCAAGUAAAUAUAAAUACGAUCAGUUAAUUAAAUUAUUAGUAUUUAUUUUAGAAGAUGAAAAUUAUGAAGACUUGAAUGAUAUUUAUUUGAUUCCAUUAUAUAAUAAUAAAUGGGGUAAAUUUGAUAAACAAUCUGAACAAAAAUAUUAUUUAGCAACUCGUGAACAACAAAAUUUGGUACCACACGUAAAUUUAUCUAAUUUUGUUUAUGAUAAAUAUUGUGAACAUUCAAAAUUAAAAACUAUUUUUGAACAUGAGAAAUUUCAUAAUCAAACAAAUGUAAGAAAAUUUAAUGCCACAUCUCUUGCAUACCUUCUAGCAUUUGAACUUCAACCGGAACAAAAAAUUACAAAUUGGGAUCCAGAAUCAACAACAAUUCCAAAUAAAAAAUGGUUGGAUGAAAUUUGGAAAAUUAUUUUAGAAUCAAAUACAAGUUUAGAAUUAUUUUCUCGAUAUCCACUUUUAGAGGUCGUACGUCCGACAAGAGAAUUAAUACUUUUAGAUUUAAGACGUCCAUUACUUGAAUUACCACAAAGUGAUAUGUCACAUUUUGAGAAAUUGGUUACCAUUCUUCAAAAUUUGGGAAUUAAAUUUACUGAUCGUUCUUGGAAUGCAAAGUUAGGCGAUUACAUUCUUAAAUGGACUCCAGAAACAGUUUUAAAAUCAUUUGGUGAUUUAAUAAAAAAAAAUAUGAGACCAUUUACAAAAUUGGCAAAGGAUGAAAUUAAAACUAUAAGGAACUUUAUUAUUGAAAAUUGGGAUGAUUUUUCCACAAAUAAUGGGACUAAAGUUAAAUCUGAAUUUCUUGAAGCUUUAAGUAAAUUACCGGUUUGGCCCACAGCAAAUGGUGAAAAAUUCAAAAGUCCAAAUGAUGGAUUACUCCCUCCGAAAAAAAUUGAAAUAUUAUCACCAAAAUCAAAAUGUCAUGCUGACAAAUUGUUCCUUAAUGUAAAAAAUGAUGAUUAUCGAAAAAUUCUUGAGGCAUUAAAUACUCCUUAUGUAGAUCUUGUUAAUUAUUUAAAAAGUCAUUACACAUUUCCAAAAGAAUAUGAUGAUAAUUAUUUUAAUUUCAUUAAAAGUGUUUUAACUUCAAGUAAUUUUCAUGAAAUUGAAAGUUGGAUCGAUAGUAAACCUGUGAUUCCAAAUAGAACAAAUAAGAAACUUAAAACUGCAAGGGAUCUUUAUGAUCAUAAAACUUAUUUAUUUAGAAUAGCUUUUGAAGGAACUGAUCGUUUUCUUCAUGAAGAAUUUCAAAAUAAUACAACUUAUUUAGCCAUUAUGAAAAGAAUGGGUUUUAAAUAUCAAGUUACUAGACAAACAUUUCUUGAAUGUGCAAGAGCUAUUCAAAAACAAUUUCAAGAAGAUAAAUAUCAUUCAGAUGAAUUAGUUUAUCGUGCCACAACUGUUGUUCAUUAUUUAUAUGAUAAUAUUGAUGAUUUGAAUUAUUCUGAUGCUGAAUACGAGGAAUUAGCACGUAUUUAUUUCAUUCCAGCAGAAUCAUCUAUCGAAACUCCUUAUUCUGCAAGUGCUGUAGCUGCUAAAAAAUUUGAAUGUCUUAAUUCUUUAUGCUUACCUAAAUAUAAAAAUAUAGCUUUUACACAAGUUGCAUUAUUUCACAGUGCAGUAAUUCCUAAACCAACAUCACCAAUAUUAACAAAAUAUAAAAAAUUUGGAAUGCCAAGUGCUAUUCAAAUUUUAGAACAUUUACGUGAAGUAGCAUUUAAAUUAUUAAAAUCUACUCAAUGGAAAUAUGAGGAAUACCUUUUUAAAAGAAUGCUUGAUGAAAUUUAUAACGCACUUAAUGAAGAAUGUGAAGAUGAAGAUGAAGAAUCUGAUUUUACUAAAUCAUUUAUAGUAGGCGAAAAACUUUUUCUAAAUAUUUAUCCAAAUGAAAGUGCUUUUGAUGAAUCAAAUUGGAAAGCAGCAAAUGAAUUAAUUGUUGGUGUUAGUUUAUCAGAAGAAGGAUUUGUUAAACCCAGCUUGGCAAAAUAUAAAAAAUUAUUGGAAAUUGCGGGAUCUGGUACUUUAAGAUCUGGUGAAGAUUUUGAUGAUGAUUCAGAUCAAGAUGAUCAAGCUGAAAAAGUUAAUCCACAAGGUGAAAUACUUUUGAAUGCACUUCAACAAUCAUUAAAAAAUGGAUUAUCUGAACCUCUCAACGAUGUAAUAUUUACUGUAAGGGAUCAAAAGAUUGCUGCAAAUAGACUUGUACUUGCAUGUGCAGCAGAUCACUUUAAACACACUUUCUCGAUUAAGUAUAGAGAUGAAGACUGGUCUCAAGAACAAGAAAAUGAAAGGCAAUAUAAGAUUUUGAUGGAUCUUUUAGAAGCAUCUGAUUAUUAUAAUCUAAUGAAUUUGAAAAAUGAAACAGAAAAGAAACUUUUUGAAUACGUAAAGCUUUGUAAUGUUGAUGAUGUUCUUGAUCAUGCAAGCAAUUAUAAUGCUGAUUCGUUAAUCAAAUAUUGUAACAAAUUUAUUGAAAAUAAUGAAUCUUUUUUAUAA